AUGCCAACAGGUGCAGUCCCUAGAUUCUCCCUUUCCCAAGAGAGGGCAGGUGUCGACCUGGGGGAACUGCGGCACGCAUUCCCUUCGCCUCCUUUGUCGGAGGAAGACGAUGAGGAUUCCGAUGUUGAGAUAUGCGAAAAGGCACUGCUGAGCAAUGAGCUCACGAUCCGGGACGAUGAUGAGGAUGUCAUGAGCUGGGCUUCUCUUUUGAAGCUGACGAUUUGCAUUGGGGGAUUGCAAAUGGCGUUCUCGGUCCAGUUUGCAAAUGGAACGAUCCAUCUUCUCGAUCUUGGAAUUAGCCCGCCCUUGGUCAGUUUCAUCUGGUUGGCACCGCCCAUAUGCGGAGCGCUUCUACAACCUUGCUUCGGAUUCUGGAGCGAUAACUGCUCCACGGCCAUCGGAAAGAGGAAGCCCUUCAUCAUCUUGGGUAGCAUCGCACUCGCAAUGUCCCUCUUGAGCUUUGCGUGGGCGACUAACAAAGUGCUGGCGGGCUUGUCCAUCCUGGCAAUUAACGUCUCGGCCCAGGCUAUCCAGAGUGGUGCGCGGGCACUCAUAGUCGACGAAUGUCCGCAGAAUACGCAGUUACGGGCGAAUGCAUGGGCGAGUCGCGUAGUCAACACGGCCAGCAUCUGCUCGUAUCUGUUCUCUUAUGUCGAUUUGCCCCCUCUGCUACCGUUCUUUGGCAACACGCAACUGAAGUGCUUGGCCGUUCUGGGGUGUGCGGUGCUCUUCGUCACGUCGACCAUCACCUGCCUUGGAACAAGUAAUUCGGCACCCAUCUCGUGCAGCAACACUGCCGCGGAGAAGCCGCUAUUUUCCACAGGCUUUCUCCGAGCAAUGUUGAAUGUAGUCCGCACACUCCCGACGCAAGUCAACCGCAUCCAUGCAGUCCAAUUCUUCUCCUGGUUUGCCUGGUUCCCGUUUCUGCUGUACGUUAGUAGCUACGUGGGAAAAUCUUAUCUGGCGAGCAUCGUGUCACAAGAUGCGUAUCUCUCUGCUGCUCAACUUGCCAGCCUCAGCGCGUCGGCUGACCGCUACGGAGCACUUGCGUUGUUGACCCUGUCGGUCAGCGCCCUCUUCAACUCCUUGUUCCUUCCCCAGCUGCUGUCGCGCAUUUCAUCCAGUCCUCGCAACCGUUAUGGAGGGUUGUUUUCAUGGGUUACCCAUCGAAAUACAUGGUUUAUAGCGCAGGUCGUGUUCAGUGUAGGUCUGUACACCUUACUGUUAACCGAGUCAACCACAGUCAUGAUCGUGGCCGUGGGCUUCAUCGGAUUCAGCUGGGCUGUCACGCAGUGGCUCCCGUUCGCCCUCAUCAGCGUGCAGGUGAAGAUGAUGAGCGAGAACCAAGGAAAUGGCAAUGGUGGAACGGUGGGUGCUGUUCUCGGCAUUCACAACGUGUUCAUAGCGGCUCCGCAGAUAUUGGCUUCGUUGGAGGGGACCAUCAUUUUUGGCAUAACUGGCGAUGGUGAUAAUUCGGGUUCGGCAGUGUAUGGCAUUUCGUGGAUACUGAUGGGUAGCGGGCUGGUCUCGGUAGUGGCUGCCCUCAUGGUCCUCCGAUUGGGUGAGACGAGGCGUAUUACCACACUUUCCCCCGCCGAAGCCGCGGCUCGAACUGCCGUUGUCGACGCCAUUGCAGCGCGGCCCCCUCCACCGGCUGUGCUUGAUGGCGAUGCCAUCCGCGACCUGAGACAAUUCUCAUCAAAGGCCCUGAAGCUGAGCGAGCGGGCAACUACGACGUAUUUUGGGACCCCUUCCCUACCCUUGCGACGGAUAGCACCGGCCCACCGCCCGGUAAGGGGCGUACUGUUGCAUAUCCAUGGCGGAGGAUGGUGCAUGAAGAGCGAAGCGACGCAAGACAAGCUCCUUGCUCACCUGGCCGACGAGAGCGGGCUCUGCGCCGUCAGCCUCGGCUACCGUCUCGCGCCCGAGCAUCCCUUCCCGGCGGCCGUCGAAGACUCCGUCGCGGCUUUGCUAUACGCCGUAUCCGAUGAGGGGGAGGUGGCUCUCGGGGGCAAACUGCUCGCUCUGGGCGGCGACAGCGCGGGAGCCGGAUUGGCGCUCUGUGCCCUGAUGAGGCUGCGCCGGGAGCAUGCGGCCGGCUAUCAAACCGCGAUCGGGAGCAUCCGGGCCAUGCUCUUGGCCUAUGGAUGCUAUGACUUGUCUCUCACGCCGUCGGCGCGUUUGCGGGACACGCACGACACUAUCAACCGCACCUUUUUGGAGGCUUUGGUUCAUGCCUACGUUGGCAGUGACAAGUCGCUCGUUGACCAGCCCGAGUGUUCGCCGGUUUACGAGAAAUUGUCUGACCUCAGUGGCUUGCCGCCUGCGCUCUUCGUGGUCGGGACCAACGAUCUGCUGCUGGACGACUCGUUGAUCAUGGCGGGACGAUGGGCGGCGGCGGGUAACGAAUCAUUGUUGAGGAUCGUCAAGCACGCCACGCAUGGGUUCUUGUCCUUCCCCUUUGCGGAAGCUACAAAGGAGGGAUUGGAUGCGAUGUGCAACUUUUUGCAUGAGAGGUUACUAGAUGUAGCGAACUAA